AUGUCGGAGCCCCCGAGUACCCCUGCAAAGGCGGAGAACAAGACCAUGUCUUCCCGUCUGUUGACCAUGAAGUUCAUGCAGCGCGCAGCUGCUUCUGCAGCAACGAAAGAACCACAGAGCCCAGCUGCUUCGGACGGCAAGCACACACCGAAACGACCCAGGCUAUCCACUGAACCUGACAGUCCCUCGACUCCCCAAUCUGAUCUGGAGGCUAUUGCCGCAGCACUUGCAGCCGAAGAAGAGAAGCGACGGGAGGCCAUGGCGCGGCAAGCAGCAGAGGCGGGCGAGUCAGAAUGGGUGCUGGACGUCCCUGCUGCGAGCUACACUCCGCAGCCAAUUGUUCUCUCGGCGGACUCGCUGGAUGCGGAGGAUGAUAGACCGCAGGGUGGUCGUCGCGGAUAUGGAAACUUCAUGCGCAAGAAGUCUGCAGUACCCGUUGUUGAAACCAAACCAGAGUUGCAGGCCGGGGAAGCCGGGGUGAAAGCCGGUGACAAGAGACUCUCUGGUAUAACGAGCAUUUCGGGCGGGGGCGGGCGCAUGGGUUCAUCCCCGAGAAUGGGAGCUCCUUCGUCAAAAAAGAAUAAGCGUAAGCACUAA